UCUGUAUGUAUGAUACAUCAAUUACAACCUGUACAUGAAUGAUCUAUAGUAAACAGAGCUAGCAAAUAAAACACUCGGCUAAAUACACUGAUGAUAUAGGGUGCCUCUCUCUCUCUCUCUCUCUCUCUCUCUCUCUCUCCUUUCCUUGUCUUGAUCAUAACUCAACAUUCAAGGAGAUAUCAGAUCCAAGGUGGUUAAUCUGUCUCUCAUCAAUCCAAACAUAUAUACAUCGAUCAGUCAAUCAAUCAUCAAUCAAAUCAGGGAAUCAUCAAAGAAAAAAGAUGUCCUCCUCAUCAUCUGCCUUUUCAUCGGACCACCACCACCAGCAUCUCUCUCCCUCCGACCAGCUUUGUUAUGUCCAUUGCAACUUUUGUGACACUGUCCUCGCGGUCAGUGUUCCUUGCAGCAGUUUGUUCAAGACUGUUACGGUUCGAUGCGGUCACUGCACAAACCUUUUGUCUGUCAACAUGAGUGGCCUGCUUCUUCCUGCAGCUAAUCAGCUUCAUCUUGGACAUUCUUUCUUUGCUCCUCAAAAUCUCCUGGAGGACAUCCGAAGCUUGCCAUCAAAUAUGUCAAUGAAUCAGGCCAAUCCGAAUGAAUCAAUCAUGCCGAUUCGAGGAGUUGAUCAUCAUGAGAUCCCUAAACCCCUAGUCACUAACCGACCUCCGGAGAAGAGACAGAGAGUCCCAUCUGCCUACAACCGGUUCAUCAAAGACGAGAUCCAACGUAUCAAAGCUGGAAAUCCUGAUAUAAGUCACAGGGAGGCCUUCAGUAAGGCUGCAAAGAACUGGGCCCACUUCCCCCACAUUCACUUCGGACUUAUGCCUGAACAACCCGUGAAGAAAGCUAAUGUGCGCCAGCAGGAAGGAGAUGAUGUUACGAUGAAAGAUGGAUUUCUUGUUCCUGCCAAUUUGGGUGUGUCCCCUUACUAGCUAAUUAAGAAGUACUCGUGAAGUGAAGGAUCACAUGAUUAGGGUUUCUUUGUUAACUUUUCUUAAUCUCUUUAUGAUCAUCAUCAAAUUAGGACUCUAGUUAUUAGCUCCUAUCUUUCAAGCUAGAACAAUGUUAACAUGCGCGCUGUUUGGGGUUGUUUGGCUUCUGUGAUCUUAUGGUAGCUAGUGGGAGAGGAUUUUGAAGACUAGAAUGUUAAUUUGUGAAGUUCAACAUCUAAUUUCUCUGAACCCACUCGAAAUGAAGAUCUUAAUUUGUUGUU